AAAAGAAAAAUAACAAGUCAUUUUUAAAUUAUUAAAUUGGAAAUUGUUCAACUUAAAUUUUGUUAAGUAGUGUUUAACGUUAAACUUUAACGAUCUAUUUACUUUUCGGUUCUACAUAAUAAAAGACUCAAACAUUACUGCAAAAUGUUUCGAAAUCAGUAUGAUAGUGAUGUUACUGUGUGGAGUCCUCAGGGACGACUACAUCAAGUUGAAUACGCUAUGGAAGCUGUUAAAUUAGGAUCAUCGGUCGUUGCAUUAAAGAACAGAACACAUGCUGCUAUUGUUGCUCUUAAACGUGCCCCGAAUGAAUUGUCAGCUUAUCAGAAAAAAAUAAUACCAGUGGAUGAUCAUAUUGGUUUUUCCUUUUCUGGUCUGUUGGCUGAUGCUCGAAUCUUAAGCAAGUUCAUGAGAUCUGAAUGUGCAUCACACAAAUUUGCUCAUGGCGAUAAUGUUCCUGUAUCUAGAUUGAUGACAAAAGUUGGUAAUAGGAUGCAAUUGUGUACUCAACGUUACGACAAACGACCUUAUGGUGUAGGUCUCCUGGUUGCAGGCUAUGAUGAUAACGGACCUCAUAUUUAUCAAACUUGUCCAUCUGCAAAUUAUACUGAUUGUAAAGCUAUGGCUAUCGGUUCCCGAUCACAGAGUGCUCGAACGUAUUUAGAAAGAAAUUUAGAUGCAUUUAAAGACUCAUCUCUAGAGGAAUUGUUAAAACAUGGUAUGAGGGCUUUGAGAGACACUUUGCCAAAUGAUGUCAAUCUAACAUCAAAGAAUGUUUCAAUUGCUGUUGUUGGUAAAAAUCAGUUGUUUGAAAUUUAUGAUGAGGAAAAAACACAAACAAAAUUAUCAUUGAUUGAAGGUGAAGAAAGAAGGGCGCCUCCUCCCUCGAGCGAGUCAUCAGGGAGUGCACCUCAGCCCCCACAAGAUGGACCUGAAGGACCACAAGAUCCUAUACCAGCAGUGGCAAUGGAAACUGAAUAAUGAGUAGUUUGAUAAUUAUAACAAUAAAAAUAUAAAACAUUUUUUUUUUAUUUAUACAAAAAUUUUGGUUAAAGAAAAACAUUUAUUAAGAUAUGUAUACUCAAUAUAUUUUAAACAAAUAAAAACAACACUUAUCAACA